AUGCUAGGACUAGGAGUUCUAGCGCUCCUGCCCUUCGCAGCGGCGAAGGCUGUACGGCCGCGAUCCACUGCAUGCAACAACUCCCCAGACUUGUGUUCCAAGUCAUACGGAGAAAUCACUCACCUGGGCGCACACGACAGUCCGUUUCUACGAGAUGCCUCGACGGAUUACUCUACCUUUGGAGACCAGUACUACAACACUACACUCCAGCUUGACGCUGGUGUCCGUCUUGUCACAGCUCAAGUUCAUAAGUCGAAUUCACAGUGGCGUCUAUGCCACUCUAGUUGCGAUUAUCUAGAUGCAGGAUUGUUGAGCACAUGGCUGUCAGAUAUCAAAGGCUGGUUGGACUCCAACCCCAAUGAUGUUGUGACUGUUUUGCUGGUCAACUCAGAUGACGCAACAGCUUCUGAUCUUCACUCGCAAUUCGAAACGGCCAAUCUUACCAACUACACCUACACUCCGACCUCCCAAACCUCCGCACCGAGCUCGUGGCCAACAUUGCAGGAACUGAUCAAUAAUGGUACCCGGUUGAUGACCUUCGUGGCAUCUUUGGACGCUUCCAGCAACACGGUGGCACCGUAUCUGAUGGAUGAGUUCACUUUCAUCUGGGAAAACAACUACGAUGUGACCUCCGCUUCCAACUUCUCCUGUGAGCCCGAUCGUCCCUCGAGCGUCAAGAACGAGCUUUCCACCGCCUUGUCUUCCAACCGCCUCCCAUUCAUGAACCACUUCCUUUACCAAGAGACAUUGGACAUUGAGUAUCCCAACGUCAGCUACAUUUCGACCACCAAUGCGGCGUCUGGAGGAACGGGAAACCUUGGCGACACAGCAACCAAAUGCAAGAAGGAGUACAAUGGCCGUCAGCCUACCUUUAUCUUGGUUGACUUCUUCGACAAAGGACCCGCCAUCGAUACCGUGGACAGUUUGAACAAUGUUACCAACGCUACUGGACGGAAGAACCUGACUUCCGUCAGCGUUACCAGCUCGGCGUCCACCUACUCUAACGUUUUCAAGGGUCUGGUUGAAGUCGUCCAGAAAGCCAAGGACGGAGCGAAUCCCAGCAUGGGAGAGUGGAUCUGGGCUGGUGGAGAUUGGGGAAGUCUGCUGGGCGGCGGUAUUGCAGUUUAA